AUGUCAAAUAACCCUUUUAAAGUGAUUGUUGUUGGUGGUGGACCAGUCGGGCUAACCGCUACUCAUGCGUUGUAUUUGGCGAACAUCGACUUCGUUGUUUUGGAAAGGAACGAUGAUGUUGCCGUCGAUGUGGGAGCUAGUCUUGCACUUGGGGCUGAUAGCAUGCGAUUCAUGCAACAACUAGGCCUGCUCGAUAAGUUGUUGUCGAUUGGGGAGAAGAUAACGAGGAACAAAUCAUUCACAAAAGAUGGGAAAAUGUUCGCAGACAGUACAGCCACUGAAAUGACGCGAGAAAACUUUGGCCUUGAACCUGUCGCGUUCCAUCGAGCUGACCUUGUUCGAGCUUUGCUAGAGAGUCUGCCAAAGAGCAUAAGAGAGAAAUACUUCCUUGGGCACAAAGUUGUCGACAUUGCAACCAGCGAAACAGGCGUAGUCGUUACUUGCGCCAACGGGAAGACAUUCUCUGGUUCUAUGGUGCUUGGAGCUGAUGGCGUACACAGCCAAACGCGAAAAGUAAUGCACAAACUUUGCUCUGAGAGUAGAUUUUCAGCGUACAGAAACCAGGAACCGCCCUUCUCAGCGAGUUACCGAUGCUUGUGGUCAAACAUCCCACGGCCAUGCGAAGCUGGGCAGGCAUCCGAUACCCAGAGCAAAGACCGCUCCAUCAUGUGGAUCGUCGGUCGUGAACGUGCUUGGAUAUUUCUGUACGAGAAGUUGCCACAGCCUACGAGCGAUUCCAAGCGAUACACCAAGGCGGAGAUGGAUGAAUUUGCAACUAGUUUCGCGAACUGGCCAGUCACUGAGAGCUUGAAGAUCAAGGACGUCUACAAUAGCUCAACUGCAGGCAUGUCGAACUUAGAAGAGGGCAUACUCGAGCAUUGGAGCCUGGGAAGGAUCGUGCUGGCUGGCGAUGCUUGUCACAAGUUUACACCCAACGCAGGUCUCGGCUACACGAACGGGAUCCAAGACAUAGCCUUGCUCGGCAAUUUGCUCCACAAUGCUGUCAGAUCAUCCCCAAACUCAGAGAUUAUUGAGCAUGAUCUUGAAGAGAUUUUCAAGGAGUAUCAGGCUGCCCGGAAAGAGAAACUCAAGUUCGACUGGAACAUAUCCAGUAUCACAACACGAGGUCACGCCUGGGCAAAUCCAGUUUUCUGGUUCUUCUUUCGAUUUCUCAUGCCUUUGUAUGUUAUCCAGUGGAUCAGGGAAAACUAUGUUGUACCCUCACUCGUCAAGCAAAGUAGGGUUCUCAAUUAUGUCUUUGGUGAAGAGAGCAUCAAAGGUCGAAUUCCAUGGAUGUAUCCGAUCCGUCCCAAAGAGCAAUAG